AUGGCCAAUUCUACAAAAAAUACAAACAAACAGCAUCCAGUCCCCGAUGUAUUCGCAGAAAGUGUCGUGGAAAAGACUCAACUAGUCUGGGUCAAUAGCACCAUCGCAGAAAACGAAAGCGACUUUCGUCACAUUUUGAAGGAAUUAUACAAACUGAUUCGUCGUGUAUCUUUCUUCGAACAGAUUGAUCAGUGCGUACGUUUCCUCGCAGAUGUCCCCAACGAAAAAGCUAUUGUCGUUGUAUCGAAUGCUUUUGGACAAGAUAUGAUUCCUCAAAUUCAUUCUAUGAUUCAAGUCGAUACAAUUUAUCUUUUAGGUGACAUUCAAGCACCCAGUGAGCAAUGGAUCAAAGAAUGGCCAAAAAUCAAGGGACAAUAUAGUUCCGUUACAUCUGUCUUUGAAGCGAUUCAGAGAGUUAAUAAACAAUAUAAUCAAAAUUCGAUACCAAUCAGCUUCAUGCCCAUAAUGUAG